AUGGAGAUGACAUUUGAUCUUCACGAGACGCUGUCGGCAUGGCAGCAAGGAAGUCCCAACAUUGACAAUGAAUACGAUGCUUCGGAACUGGAUGCCGACGACUUGAAUGGGCGAUUGGACGGCAAGUCGUUGUCUGAUCCAAGCAGUCUUUCCCAAGGAGAUUCUUUUGAUUCAUUGCAGAGCUGCCUCAAAUGUCUCGAAUCCCUGCCAGCUCCAAUAGUACAAAAACUAGGAGAUAUCAUUAUAAAUGGAUUGGAGAGACAUUCCGAGAAUGUUGCUACUGAUAUUGAAGAAGCCAACCAACCCGGCUUUGACUUGGACAGAACUUUACUGGAAAUGUACGCUUUUCUGUUAUACUGGUUCCUCAUGGUUGCUGAAAAGAAGGCCAAGGUUGAAGCUAGUGCUAAAGAACGUGCAAACAUUGGGAAACCCAAGAAAGGACGUGGUGGUAAAGCUAAACAAGUCGACGUCGAUUGGGAUUGGCCAGCUCAGAAGCUCAAGGCUCUCAAAGUCUUGUACGAUAUGUUUGUCUUGGACUUGAAACGAAUAUGGAUUUCAUCUGCUGAACGUGACGCCUACAUCAAUAUGGUCAUUAAAUGCACUUCGUUAUUGUUGGAAGAUGCUGAGAAUGUGAAAAAGGCAGAGUUGCGCACGGCGAUCUUUGAUAUCUGGGCUAUUGCUGUCCGUGACUACAACUAUGCUGUUGGUGCACAAGCAUCUGUUCUGCUAAAUCUCAAGUCUGGUGAAGAGCACCUAUCUGAGCCCAUGGCAGAUUUCCUUGAUGCGCUAGUCAAGCGUUACGAUUCGUCUAGAGUGGUAGACGAAAUCCUUCGUGAAAUCGGUAACAUGGAAUUCAAUGAGAAGGAUCAUUCCAAGAUCGCCAAGACCUUCUCAAAGUUUUUGGUCCGACUGUCAGAUAUCUUGCCUCGCGAAAUGAUGAAGCAGCUGGUGGUCUUGCAAUCGCAAUCUAUACGAUGUGCUAUGAUUGAAGUUGUUGGCAAUCUCAUUCACAACUUGUUGGCUGUAAACAACUCUGAGAUUGCUGCUGCUCAAUUGCACAGGUUCUAUUGGAUCCUUCAAGACAGAUUUAGAGACACGUCAGCUUUUGUUCGAGUCAAAGUCUUGCAAGUCUUGAUGAAAUUGACAGAGCCUCGAGUCCUCGGUGGUACGAUCACAGACAUUCCUGUCGAGACACGACCUGCUAUUAUAGAUUUGGUAAUUGGUCGUAUGAAGGACAAGAGUAGUCUUGUACGAAAAAAUGCUGUCAAGCUUUUGACCAAGAUGAUGGAUACCUGUCCUUUCCUGGCUUUUCCUAAAGACGAAGGAAAGCUUAAUGUGAAGGUGUUUGAGUCUCGUCGAACAGAGAUCCUGCACAUUAUUCAGGCUAAAUAUCCAAACGAAGCAGCUGCUAUCGCUGAACUGUUAGAUCUCCCGGCACCGCCUAAUGGCAAUAAAGAUCAAGAAAUGGAUGUCGACAAGCCUGAGCAACCAGAAGGCCAACUAGUCGAUGAGCCAGUACCGCAAGACGACCCAGACCUGACGGCUCAGAAUCUUGGUCAGUUCCAGAAGCUGCUCAAGUAUUAUACCGAGGCCAUCAAAUUUGGUCAACAAUUGUUUGAAGCCAUUCCCACCUUGUGUGAGCUAUUGAGCUCAAAGACAAAAACAGAAGCAGUAGAGGCCAUGCGUUUCUUUGUAGAAGCAUAUGGAUAUGGUGUUGAAGGUGCUGAUAUUGGAGUCAAGAGAAUGGUUCACAAGAUAUGGGAUAAGGAUACUGAUGGUGAUUCUGAAAAGGGUAUUCGUGAAGACUUGAUUGAGAGCUAUGAGAAAGUCUACUUUAGAAUGGAUCCUGCGAAGAGUGAACGUCAAAACUUGGAGACUAUUGUAUACAAUCUGAUUCGGCUGACUGAUGAAAUGAAUCUCGCAGAGUUGACUUCCCUUGAGCAACUCUUGAGUACCAUGAUCGUCAAGGAACGUGUUCAGCCAGAACAAGCCAUCAUUGAUGCACUAUGGGGCAUCUUUGGUCGUAAGAAGACAGAUGCUGCAUCAGCUAGAGAACGACGUGGUGCCAUUAUGAUUCUGAGCAUGUUUGCCAAGACUCGUAAAGACAUUAUUGCAGACAAGACUGAUAUAUUGUUGAGAGUUGGAUUGGGCGAUUGUGGACGGGACGACUUGCUCUUGGCUCGCUAUGCCUCUGUUGCCUUCCAAAUGUUGGGAGCUUCAGAAAGGAAGAAGGGCACCUUGUCGGAUACCCACAAACGUCUUCCUAUGAAUCAUGCCAUAUUUCAGCAAACAUGUGAUUUGCUUCUUGAUGAGGACAUCUCUGAGCACUGGUUUGAGUUUGCCGAACAAGGCUUAAACACUAUAUAUUUGCUAUCCGAGCAUCCAGAUGUCAUAUGUGGUGAAGUCAUCAAACGUGUAGCUUCACGAGUCUUGAAGAUUCCCUGUGCUGUCGAUUCUCACGUAGAAGCAACAGCUUCCAAGAUUCAAUCUGAUUUACGUAUUGAUGAUGAUGGUGGAGAACAAGGAGAAGGAGGAGAUGGAGAUGUCAUGAUGGGUACUCAGGCUUCUGGCUUCUCUGAUUCUCCUACUUCUACUCAAGAGGUAGUGCAAUGUGAUUCGUUGAAUCUGGCCAAAUUAUGCUUUAUGGUUGGUCAUGUUGCCAUCAAGCAAAUUGUGCACUUGGAGUCUAUUGAAGUCGUUUGGAAGAGACGAAAAGCUGCUGAGGAUUUUGCCAAGACGCCUGGUAAACGUACGGGUGCAGAUGAAUUGGAUAAUGUAACUGGAUCUACAGAAGAUGAAUUCACGGAAGCCAUUAAUUAUAUUCGUGAACAUGAACUGAUUCUUGGCGAACACUCUUUAUUGGCUGCUUUCGCACCUCUAGUAGUGGAAAUCUGCAAACACAACUCUACAUAUUCGCAUCCGCUGCUCCAAACACAUGCAGUACUGGCUCUGAGCAAAUUUAUGUGUGUGAGCUCCGACUUUUGUGACUCGAAUCUUCAGCUACUCUUGACCAUUCUGGAGAGAUCGUCACUACCAGUCGUCCGUCUCAACACUAUUAUUGGCAUUGGAGAUUUGGCUGUUUGCUUCAACUCUCUAAUUGAUCAAAACGUUGAACACUUGUAUAAACGUCUCCAGGAUGAUGACGAAGCCGUCAAGAAGAACACCUUGAUGGUCUUGACUCAUUUGAUUUUGAAUGGAAUGGUCAAAGUCAAGGGCCAGAUUAGUGAAAUGGCCAAAUGCUUGGAAGAUGAAGAUCAACGAAUCUCUGACUUGGCCAAACUCUUUUUUACUGAGUUGGCAUCCAAGGAUAAUGCCGUGUAUAAUAAUUUGCCAGACAUUAUCAGUAACUUGUCGCAACCUAUUCCAGCUGGUGUGGAUGAAGAUACUUUUAAGAGUAUUAUGAAGUUCAUGUUUGAUUUCAUCAAGAAGGAGAAGCAAACAGAGAGCCUGGUAGAAAAACUUGUCUUGAGAUUCAAGAAUGCCGAUACUGACCGACAAUGUCGAGAUAUUGCAUUCUGUCUGGGACUCUUGCCCUUCUCAUCGGAAAAGUCAAUCAAGAAAUUGGUUGAAGGGAUGGGACAUUAUCAAGAUAAGCUGUACGAGCCUACUGUCUGGAAACACUUCCAAGAGAUCGUCUCAAAGGCAAAGAAGCAGCCGAAGACAGAGAACAAGGCAUCGAUUGAAGAAUUUGAACGCAAAUUGAUUGAAUUGCACGAGAAAUGUCUUGAGCAACAAGAAACGGUUGCUACUGCUAUGGCUACCAAGGCCAAACAUGGAAAAGCCAAGCCUGGUGGAAACAUGAUGCUGGACGAACCCGACAAUAAUGAAGAGGAGGAGGAGGGUAAAGAAGGUGAAGGUGAACAAGGUCAAGAAGGAGCGUUGGCUGAUGCUAUGGCUUCCUUGAAUGUGAUCGGCAGUAAAGAUAGUCGAGCAUCUCGUGGUACGCCUCGUGGUAGGCCUCGUGGUAGAGUCGCUGCACCUCAAUCUGCCAAACGCUCAACUCGUAAAAAGGCAGCUUCAAGUGAUGAGGACGGUGCAGACGAUAAUGACGCUGAAGAUGUUGAAAACCAUGCACCACCACCGCCUACCAGUACCCGUAAACCACGUGGACCUGUACAGAAGGCUAUGAAAAGCAGCAGCAGUAGGAAUAGUAGAGGUGUCGGUAGCAUAACAAAGAAGACGAGCAAACUCAAGAUUAACGAUGAUGAAGAUGAUCAACCAAAAAAGAACGACGAUGAAGAAGAAGAAGAUGAUGUCAGUGAUCUUGAACUCGUUACAAAACCAAAACCAGGUCGUCGAGGUAAACGAGUCGUUAUUCCAGAAAGUGAUGAGGAUGAUGACUGA